AUGAGGAGAUCCAUGGAAACCUCAUCCCCAUCUUCUUCCGUUUCCGGAAAGAAAUUUUCCAAGAGAGUUUCCAAGAAAUCGGAUGCUCCACGCGCUGGUUCUCAUAGCGCGUGUGUUCACGCGCCUCCGUCUCUUACUUGCUUUGAUUGUUACAUGAGUUACUGGGACCGAUGGAACUCAUCGCCUAAUGGGGAGCUGAUUCAUCAAGCCAUUGAAGCAUUCGAGGAGCAAUUAGCCAAAGGGGAGAAAUCCAGCAAGAACGUUAAAGGGAAGAGGAAGGACAAAAUCAGCCGCCGGUCUUUAGAUAAGUCAUUGAAUAUUGUUUCGCCGCCGCUUUUACCAGUGCCGGAAACUCAUCCUCUGCAGAUUGAUGAAGGUUCUUCUACCGCUCAGGCGACGUCGGGAAGUAUCGAUGUGGAAGUAGAAGAGAAGACGGCGGAUGGAAGCUUAGACCCACCUCGGACUGAAGAAGAUUCGGUGGAGUCAAGAGGGGCUUUAGUGGUUAUUCCAUCGCCUCCACCGAACAGCCAUAAGGGUUUCGCCCGGAAGGUAUGGCCGGACGUGCUAGGGUUAUUCAAUUCUCGUUUAUGGAGUCUUUGGAGUCCAAAUUAG